AUGGGUCUCCGGGGCGUCUUAGGAGCACUAAGCCGGCGCGCGAUGGAUGGGGGCCUUGGUGUGCGCUCACCGCCCUUCGUGUCCCAUCCGGGCGCAGCCGAGGACCAGAGCGCCAAGCUGAAGCCGUACCAGCAGAAAGACUGGCGCUACGCGCCGCGCUUCCUGACCCCGCUCAAGCCGCACACCGUGCUGCGCGGCCAGGACUGCACCAUGACCUGCGCCUUCCUUGGGAACCCACGGCCCACCGUGACCCUCUACAAGGGCGACGUCAACAUCACGGCCAACUCCAAGUUCUGGUACAACUCCACCAGUGGCGUGUGCACCAUCGUCAUCCCCACCUGCACACUCAAGGACAGCGGAGAGUACAGCGUAGUGGUGGAGAACGAGCUGGGCAAGGACCGCAGCAGCUGCACGCUCACCGUCUACGGUGAGGGUGCAGCGCCGGUCGGCCCGGGACGGUGAGGGUGCCUGGCUGUGUCCCGCGUGGGGCAGAGGCGCAAAAUGGCGGCCUCCUGAGCCGUUGAUCAGCUCUUUUCCUAUGGCUGGCGCAGGCUUUUAUUUAAUCUGACAUGGGGUGGUGUAAACAUUCUCCAACUGGCCAUAGUUCGUACCACUGUCCCAUCUUCUCGAUGUCAUUUGUUAUGUGCCUGGCCGCUGCAGACUUGGGAGUUUGCAAUCCCUCAGCAGUCUGUAGUUUGCAACCCUUGGUGGGCCUAGACUUGCAUUUGAAAAAGACGCCAGUCAUCAGGCCUAAACCAGACUUACCAAUCACAAUCUCCCUGGCAGGGUUCUGGAAGGAAUCUUUAUGUUUACAAAUUUUGCAAGUGGUCCUGAUGCGCAACCAAAAUUGAAGACUACUGGUCUGAGAUAAGGAUAGAUGGGAGGCACUGAAGGGAACCUAGUGGAGGGAGGCCCUCCCUCUGCACAUACGUGUGCUAUGUUUCUGCUCAUGGGUGCACAUAUAGGGGAAAUAUUCUGUUUCUUCCUACACACUCUACUGUCUUCACAGCUAAACAGCCAGUUGCAUGAACUGUCUAAAUGCAAAGAUGACCUGUUUUGCUCCUC